GUAUCUGCACUUUAAUCAAAUAGAAACAUUGGAACCCGAAUCCUUUACCCACCUUCCAAAACUUGAAAGGCUAUUUUUGCAUAACAACAGAAUAGCUCAUUUGAUUCCUGGAACAUUUAGUCACUUAGAAUCUAUGAAGAGACUGCGUUUGGAUUCAAAUGCUCUUCACUGUGACUGUGAAAUCCUGUGGCUGGCAGAGCUGUUGAAGACAUAUGCAGAGUCGGGUAAUGCUCAAGCAGCAGCUACCUGUGAGUACCCACGAAGAAUCCAGGGAAGAUCAGUGGCCACAAUUACACCAGAAGAACUUAACUGUGAGAGGCCAAGAAUUACAUCAGAGCCUCAGGAUGUGGAUGUUACCUCAGGGAAUACAGUGUAUUUCACUUGCAGAGCUGAAGGCAAUCCUAAACCAGAAAUUAUCUGGCUUCGAAACAAUAAUGAGCUCAGUAUGAAAGAGGAUUCCCGUCUAAACUUGCUAGAUGAUGGCACAUUGAUGAUUCAGAAUACUAAAGAAACAGACCAAGGCAUUUACCAGUGCAUGGCAAAAAAUGUGGCUGGAGAAGUGAAAACUCAGGAAGUUACUCUUCGAUACUUUGAGUCACCAGCCCGGCCAAGUUUUGUGAUUCAGCCGCAAAACACCGAAGUGCUGGUUGGAGAGAGUGUUACUUUGGAGUGCAGCGCAACCGGGCACCCUCAGCCACGAAUUACCUGGACCAAAGGUGACAGAACCCCUUUACCAAUUGACCCUCGCAUCACCAUAACCCCAUCAGGAGGACUUUACAUACAAAAUGUGAAGCAGGAGGACAGCGGCGAGUAUACCUGUUUUGCAACGAACAGCAUAGAUAAUAUCCAUGCAACUGCAUACAUCAUAGUCCAAGCUCUACCUCAGUUUACUGUCACUCCUCAAGACAAAACAGUGAUUGAGGGACAGACUGUUGACUUCCCUUGUGAAGCACAAGGUUAUCCCCAGCCUGUUAUUGCGUGGACUAAAGGAGGAGGCCAGUUGUCUGUUGACAGAAGACACUUAGUCCUAUCCUCUGGAACCCUAAGGAUUUCCAGAGUUGCUCUGCAUGACCAGGGACAGUAUGAAUGCCAAGCUGUCAACAUUAUUGGGUCUCAACGAAUUGUCGUAUACCUGACUGUACAGCCUAGAGUGACUCCUGUAUUUGCCAGCAUUCCCAGUGACAUGACAGUGGAGGUGGGCACAAAUGUGCAGAUCCCGUGCAGUGCUCAAGGAGAGCCGGAACCAGUAAUUACAUGGAAUAAGGAUGGAGUACAGGUAACUGAGAGUGGAAAAUUUCAUGUUAGUCCAGAGGGAUUUCUUACCAUUCGUGAUGUUGGAACAGCUGAUGAAGGGCGAUAUGAAUGCGUUGCCCGGAAUACCAUAGGAUACUCCUCUGUUAGUAUGGUGCUUACUGUUAAUGUCCCUAAUGUCAGCCGAAAUGGAGAUCCUUUUGUGCAAACAUCGAUUGUGGAAGCAAUUGCAACUGUUGACAGAGCAAUAAAUUCAACACGUACACAUCUGUUUGACAGUCGUCCUCGUUCUCCAAAUGAUUUGCUAGCCUUAUUUCGAUACCCAAGGGAUCCAUACACUGUUGAGCAAGCAAGAGCCGGGGAAAUAUUUGAAAGGACGUUACAGCUUAUUCAAGAUCAUGUACAAGAUGGUCUAAUGGUUGACCUGAAUGGAACAAGUUAUCACUAUAAUGAUCUUGUAUCCCCACAGUACCUGAAUCUGAUAGCUAAUCUCUCAGGCUGUACAGCCCAUCGACGAGUGAACAACUGCUCAGAUAUGUGCUUCCACCAGAAGUACAGGACACAUGAUGGAACAUGCAACAACCUUCAGCAUCCCAUGUGGGGUGCUUCUCUGACAGCCUUUGAACGUCUGUUAAAGUCAGUCUAUGAAAAUGGAUUUAAUUUGCCUCGGGGAAUUGAACCCAAGAGGCUCUCUAAUGGCUACCCACUCCCAAUGCCUCGCUUGGUUUCAACUACUCUGAUCGGAACGGAAACAAUAACUCCUGAUGACCAGUACACUCACAUGCUAAUGCAGUGGGGUCAGUUUCUUGACCAUGAUCUUGACCUCACCGUGGCCGCCCUAAGUGAGGCCAGAUUUUCAGAUGGCCAGCAUUGCAGUUCAGUUUGUACAAAUGAUCCUCCAUGCUUUUCAAUCAUGAUACCACCAAAUGAUCCCAGAGUUCGAAAUGGUGCACGUUGCAUGUUUUUUGUACGCUCCAGUCCAGUCUGUGGAAGUGGCAUGACAUCUCUCCUGAUGAAUUCUGUGUACCCACGAGAACAGAUCAACCAGCUGACUUCGUAUAUCGAUGCGUCCAACGUGUAUGGCAGUUCGGACCAUGAAGCACUGGAAAUCAGAGACUUGGCGAGUCAAAGGGGUCUUCUGAGACAGGGCAUUGUACAGAGAUCUGGAAAGUCCCUUCUUCCAUUUGCUACUGGCCCACCAACUGAAUGUAUGAGAGAUGAAAAUGAGAGCCCAAUUCCCUGCUUUUUAGCUGGUGAUCAGCGUUCUAACGAACAGCUGGGUCUUACCAGCAUCCACACAUUGUGGUUUAGAGAACACAACAGAAUUGCCACAGAGCUACUGAAACUCAAUCCACACUGGGAUGGUGACACAAUAUAUCAUGAAACACGCAAAAUUGUUGGUGCAGAAAUGCAACACAUAACAUUUAGCCACUGGCUACCUAAGAUCUUUGGAGAGGUAGGCAUGAAGAUGCUUGGCGAAUAUAAGGGUUAUGAUCCCAGUGUUAAUUCUGGCAUAACUAAUGAGUUUGCAACUGCCGCUUUUAGGUUUGGUCACACACUCAUUAAUCCUUUUCUGUAUCGACUGGAUGAAAACUUUGAACCUAUUCCACAAGGCCAUCUACCUCUUCAUAAGGCAUUCUUCUCUCCAUUUCGGAUUGUAAAUGAAGGAGGCAUUGAUCCACUUCUAAGGGGAUUGUUUGGUGUUGCUGGUAAGAUGCGUGUCCCAUCACAAUUACUCAAUACAGAAUUAACAGAAAGACUCUUCUCCAUGGCACGUACUGUGGCUUUAGAUCUGGCAGCUAUGAAUAUUCAGAGAGGCAGAGAUCAUGGAAUUCCUCCCUACCAUGAUUUUAGAGUUUACUGUAAUCUUUCUUCAGCUCAGACUUUUGAAGAUCUGAAAAAUGAAAUUAAGAAUCCUGAAAUCAGGGAGAAACUUAGCAGGUUGUAUGGUUCCCCACUGAACAUAGAUCUAUUUCCAGCUCUAAUGGUAGAAGACUUAAUUCCAGGGAGCCGACUAGGGCCAACUUUGAUGUGUCUGUUAAGUACACAGUUUAGGCGUAUUCGAAAUGGAGACAGGUUAUGGUAUGAGAACCCAGGUGUUUUCACGCCUGCUCAGCUCACUCAGAUCAAGCAGACAUCUCUUGCCAGAGUUUUGUGUGACAAUGGAGACAACAUAACCAGGGUACAACAUGAUGUCUUUAAGGUGGCUGAAUUCCCACAUGGAUAUAGUAGCUGUGAAGAUAUUCCUAAACUGGACCUCAGGAUGUGGCAAGAUUGCUGCGAAG